CCCACUCCUACCCGUCCUCCCUGGUUCGGCCCAAUACUGCCAGCAUCCAAGUUCCCCAGUAUUGCUGCUUGCUGCAUUCUCUUCCAGCCUGUCCUGUGCCAAACUAACUGCUUUGCCGGUUGCAUGAUCCCUCCACUUGCUGCUUCUUAUUUUUUUGCCCUUCCUUGAUUCCGCAUCGGCUUCGCCACGGCCAACACAGCCUUUGUUUACUUUCCGCCCUACGCAGCAGCCACUCGUCUCCGUCUCUAUUCAUUGACAACUUAGCGACUUGCCCUCCCUUCCUUUUUGAAUGACGACGUGACGAGAUACCCUAACCAGCUUCAUCCGACCUCACCGUCCCUGUCACCCGACACGUCUCUUAACCACCGCUGCUGUUCUCACUGCCGUGCCUCCUCCGCCUCCUCGAGUCUGCCUGCCUCGUGUCCAAGUAAUCGAUGACCUGUGCGACGUAACUUACAAGUUCCAUCGUACCCCGGCCUGGGUAACCGGCCACACAACUGCCCAUCAUGCUUGAGGGACUCGUUGCCGGUCUGCUCAACCGCUUCUUGGGCAUGUACGUCAAGAACUUCGACCCAACACAGCUAAAAGUCGGCAUCUGGUCUGGAGACGUCAAGCUGCGGGACCUCGAGCUUCGCAAGGAGGCCCUCGACCAGCUCAACCUCCCCAUAAACGUCGUCGAGGGCCACCUCAGCGAGCUGACCUUGAUCAUCCCCUGGUCCAACCUCCGCGGCGCCCCGGUGCGCAUCCUUAUCGAGAAUGUCUUCCUGCUGGCAAGCCCAAAAGAGGAGGCCCAAUAUGACGAGGACGAGGAGGACCGCCGCAAGCAGAGGAUCAAGAUGGAGAAGCUGGAUUCUGCCGAGCUCUUGAAGGAGCGGUCACAAGAGGGCCUGACACAGGAAGAGCAAAAGAAGAGCCAGAGCUUCACAGACAGCCUGGUCACCAAGAUCGUCGACAACUUGCAGGUCACGGUCAAGAACAUCCACGUGCGAUACGAAGACUCGAUAUCGGCCCCAGGGCACCCCUUUGCCCUGGGUGUCACGCUUGAGGAAUUCAGUGCUGUCAGCACCGACGGCAACUGGAAGCCAACCUUCAUCCAGGACUCCUCCAAGACCACCCACAAGCUAGCCACCCUCGGCGCCCUGUCGGUGUACUGGAAUACCGAUACUAAGCUCUACGGCUCCGGCCGGGAGGCCAGCUCCUCCGAUGAGCCACCAAUGGAGCAUUCCGAGAUGAUCAAGACCUUCAAGGCAAUGAUUGGCACGACUGACAAGAAUGUCGGGGUCAACCACCAGUUCAUCCUGAAGCCUGUUAGUGGGCAAGCCAAGAUCGAACUAGACAAGUCAGGCGAUGUGCACAUCCCAAAAUACAAGGCGAACCUGCUCUUCGACGAGAUCGGUGUCGUUCUUGAUGACGACCAAUACCGAGACUCAUUGAUGAUGGUGGACCUUUUCCACUACUUCAUCCGUCACCAGGAAUACAAGAAGUACCAGCCCAAGGGUGUCAGACCCAAGGAAGACCCACGUGCCUGGCUCAAGUUCGCCGGUGACGCGGUCCUUAGCAAGAUCCACGAGCGCAACCGACGAUGGUCAUGGGAAUACUUCAAGGAGCGCCGGGACGACCGGAUACGAUACAUCGAGCUUUUCAAGAAGAAGAAGCAGAGUCAGCAGCUCUCGCAGCAAGAGAAUGACGAUCUGAACAAGCUCGAGUGGAAGCUCGACUACGAGGAUCUCCGUUUCUGGAGAUCUCUGGCUCGCAACCAGCUUAAGAAGGAGAAUGCCGCGGCCCUGAAGAAUCAGCCACCCAAGCAAGAACAACCACAAGGCUGGGUCGACUGGAUCUGGGGGUCGAAGCCCCAGGAACAGACAACGUCCGACGACGAAAACACACAGAUGACAGAGGAGCAGAGGCAGGAGCUGUACGAGGCCAUCGACUGGGACGAGAAAGCGGCGCUGGCCGAUGCAGUUGACACGCCAAGAGACAGCGUAAAGUUCCAGGUCGAGACUUCGCUCAGCACUGGAAGUUUCACGCUGCGCCAAAGCCCACAUAAGAACCCCAAGGAUCUCCUGAGCCUGCAUUUCGAUGUCUUCAAGGCUAAGGCCCUCGCUCGUCCGGAUUCCUUCCUCACUGAAGUUAGCCUGGGCGGUCUACGGGUCAACGAUGGCACCACACCCGACAGCCUGUACCCGGAGAUUGUGCGAGUCAAAGAUGCACCGGACCGCAAGAAGCAAAAGCGCCUCUCGAUCGCCGAGCUGGAGAAGUCGAGCGAGGAAGCCUUCUUCCAUCUGGAGCUAGAGCAGAAUCCCCUGGACGGCCAGGGCGAUUUCGCCGUCAAGGCCAAACUGAAGCCCCUCGAGGUCGUGUGGAAUCCAAAUAUCGUUGUUGGUGUUGUUGGGUUUUUCCGUCCACCAGAACGUCACAUGGAAUCAAUCACCGCCCUCAUGGAGAGUGCAGGAGCAACGGUCGAAGAGCUGAGACAGCAAACGAGGGCAGGUCUCGAGUUUGCCUUGGAGGAGCACAAGACUAUCAAUGCUAUGCUCGACCUGCAAGCGCCUCUGAUCAUUGUACCGCAGAGCAUCACUACAAAAAACUCGACGUGCAUGAUUCUGGAUGCCGGUCAUAUCAGUGUCAACUCCGAACUGGUUGACAGAGAGACGUUGAAGGAUGUACAAUCCAAACACAACUCGGCAUACACCGACGAGGACCACAAGCGUCUCGAGUCAUUGAUGUACGACAAGUUCAUCGUCAAGCUCACGUCCACUCAAUUGCUCAUCGGCCCGUCCAUCGCAGAGGCCAAGUCCCAGCUGUCUACUAAGGGAGAGAGCUCCACAAUGCAUGUUGUCGAGCAGAUCAACAUCGACUUCCUUGUUCAGCUGUCCAUCUUGCCCAAAGCUCCGAACCUGGCCAAGCUUCGAGUUUCCGGACAUCUCCCCCUUCUGCAUGUGACAGCAUCUGAUACCAAAUACAAGAGUCUGAUGAAGUUGAUCGACGUAGCGCUACCCAAGUUUGGCAAUGAUUCCGAGCCAGAGCCGCAGCAGCCUAACCGUCCACGUCUCCAGAGCAAUGUCUCGAGGCGUUCGAGUCGAUCUCAACCACGCAGUCCCAAAGUUUCACGGAGACGGUCUUCUCAACUUCUCCCCUUCACCGCGACCAAGGACCAGGCGAUUGUCCUCGACGACAUUGACGAAGACGAAGAGACCUUUGAAGAUGCGACGGACGAUCAACCAAGCGUGCAGCUAAAGUUGAAACAAAAGACUUUCGAGCUCAAGUUCACUGUGGACGAAUUGCGCGGCUCUCUGUACAAGAGUGACCCCGACGGGAAGAAUCCUGAUGCCCUCCUCGUUGAGCUUGUGGCCCAGAAUUUCGAGGUCAACUACUACAUGAGGCCAUUUGACAUGGUUGCAGAUGUGUCUUUGGGCUCAGUCACAGUCGAUGAUUUUGUGGAGCAGCCACCAGCAGAGUUCAAGUCAAUUGUCUCGUCGGGUGAUGUCGAAGACAAAAAGGAACACCGGGCGUUGGUUAAGGUCAAUGUCGUCCGAGUGAAGCGGGAGUCGCCAGAGUUCAUGUCGGUCUACGAAGGGGUGGAGACGAACGUGAAUGUUGCGAUCGCGACCAUCAACCUCGUCGUGACGCGUAAGACGCUACUGACCCUGCUCGACUUCAUCCUUGUCACUUUCAGUAAUCCUGGAAAUAACAAUCAACAGCAACAGAAAGCCAUCACAGAUGACGGGUCGGAAGUGGACAUCGCCGUCGAGCCGCCAGAACCAGCCCAACAAGCCGCUGCUGCCGCCAUCCGAGUAAGGGUCGAUCUGAAGAGGAUUCAGCUCGUUCUCAAUAACGAUGGAAUACGGCUGGCCACGCUUUCUUUCAACCAUGCUGAGGUUGGCGUCUUCCUUCUAGGUACUACGAUGCGGGUUAACACCAAGUUGGGCGACCUCAGUCUAGUCGACGACGUAAACCUUGGCGUUUCUGCAGACUCACCCAUCCGAAAGCUCAUCACAAUCCAGGGAGAUGACCUUGCCGACUUUAGGUACGAGACCUUCGAUUCGAAGAACGAGAAAUCAUACCCCGGAUACGACUCGUCUAUAUACCUGCGUGCUGGCUCCGUCAAGGUCAAUUUCCUCGAAGAGCCUUUCCGCAAGAUUGUGGAGUUCAUGGUCAAAUUCGGCAAGAUGCAAGCCAUAUAUAAUGCUGCUCGUCAGGCUGCUGCAAACCAGGCACAACAGCUGCAGCAGAGUACCAGCCGCAUCAAGCUUGACGUGAUCAUCAAGACGCCCAUUGUAAUCUUCCCCGCCGCCGUGACGCCUGGGCGUGCCAACCGAGACCUCAUCACCGCAUAUCUGGGAGAGAUUUACGCACAGAAUCAGUUCGCCCCGCUCGAUGACUCGGCAGACUCUGAAAUCGCAAACAAGAUGUCAGCUGGCAUCCGCAACGUUAGGCUCACCAGCUUGUUCCAUUACGACGAUGACAAAUCCGAGGAGCUGGAGUUAAUCGACAACGUUGACAUGGGCUUCAGCAUCAUCUAUGCUGAGCACAAGAACGGUCAAAAGCGUCCCGAGCUUGAGAUUGAUGGUAGUUUGUCUCAAGUCAACCUUAAGAUCACUCAAUAUCAGAUGAAGGCAUUGCUUGCGAUUUCGAAAUCGGUGCCUGCGGCAUUUUCUGGUGACGCAGAUGUUCAAGCCGAGCAAGCCGAGCAAGACGUUGACUCGGGCACCUUGCAACGAGCCCGGACGCUGCCGAGGUCAGAGGACAACAGUCAAGAUGACACUGUUGACAUGAAGCCCGAGCUCGGGACCCACGGCGAUACGUGGACUAAGCUCGAUCUUGUCUUCAAGGUGCCUACUGUCGGUUUGGAGCUCAUCAAUGCCCCUGAGGGCCGACCGGUUGGCAACCUGGAGUCGGCCAGCUUGGGCAAGUUCAGUCUGGAUGAUAGUAAGCUUAAAACCCGGAUGCAAGCCAACGGUAGCCUGGAGGCAGAGUUCGUCAUCCAGAGUUUCACCAUCCACGACUCUCGUCCCAGGGAGACCAACAAGUUCCGUCGCAUCAUGACGAGCGGGAACAAGAGUGUGCAGCAGUUUAUGGCGAGCGUGACGAUAUCUGGCGGCAAGGAGCGCAAUCUCAUUGCCAUGGCCGCGAUAGACUCACCGAGAAUCAUUUUCGCCCUCGACUAUCUCUUCGCACUCCAAAGCUUUAUCAUGACCGGUCUUCAGGUCGACGAGCCUAGCCCCAUAGACGAGGUGGAGAUGGAGACACCGGACGAGAGUGAUGCGGAUAGCAUGCAAGUUAGCAUUGCUCGUCGCGAGUCCAGCAUCCAGUCGCCAAGACCCUCGGUCAGCACGAGGUCGCCGUCCAAGACGGAACAGAAGGACCAAGAGGAUUCUAAGAUGAGCAUUGCCUUCCGCGUUAACAUCGUCGAUGCGCAGGUUAUCCUUAUCGCAAACCCUCUCAGCGCAAGUAGCGAGGCGAUUGUCUUGGGCACUAAGCAGGUGCUACUGUCGCAGCAGCACGCGCUGACCUUCCAGGUCUCAGAAGUGGGCAUGUUUUUGUGUCGCAUGGACCGGUUUGAGGACUCGAGACUGAGGAUUCUCGACGACUUCUCCAUCCAAAUGUCCAUGGAUAGUUCGAAACCAGACUUGACGAACCUCCACAUCGAUAUCGAGCCGCUGAUUCUGCGUCUCUCGCUCAGAGACAUUCUGAUUGCCCUCCAGAUUAUUAGCAAGGCGUCCGAACUCUCGGGAGACGACAAGACUCAGGAAAAACCUAGCGCCGGUGAUAAAAAGGCAAAAGAGCUUCGCCAGGCAGGGAUGAAACAGCGAACAGCCAGUGGCAGGGGGGCCACAACUGCCGCCCAGAAGUCGAAGUCUGGCAAGCCCGCCACAGCCGUAAGCGGACAUUCGACUGCUCCUAGUAACAAAGGCAAGGGUCAGCCUCACGACGUGGUCAAGAAACCACGAAGACGGGAGGAGCUCACGGCUACUAUCGAUGGCAUUCGUGUGGUGCUGAUUGGGGACUUACAUGAACUUCCGAUCUUGGAUCUCAGCAUCAAGAACUUCACUGCGACGGCCGAGGACUGGUCGUCUAGUUUGAAGGCUGAAGUGCCGAUAGAGAUGUACGUUAAUGUGUACAACUUCUCGAAGUCUGCCUGGGAGCCACUACUUGAGCCAUGGUCAGUCGGCCUCGGUGUUGCGAGAGAGCAAGACACAGGGCUGCUCUCUGUUGAUGUGACGUCAAAGAAGACGUUUGACAUCACGGUCACUACCAAUACCAUCGCCCUGGCCUCGAAAUCGUUUGCCUUCCUGACUCAGGACGAAGAUGUCCUCGGCAAACCCAGGGGCACGGAGUCGCCAUACCGGAUUCGGAACUACACUGGCUUCGAGGUCGUUGUCCGCAGCAAGAACCCCACGAGCGAAGAGGACAUCAGCGUGCGCCUCGAGGAUGGCAAAGACGCCCCGUGGAGCUUCGAACACUGGGAGAAGAUGCGUGAGAAUAUGCUGACCGACAGCAUGGCGAGCACGGCUGUCGCGGUCCAGCUCGAGGGCAGUGGCUUUGACGUGCUCAAGAAUAUCCGCCUGAAUCGCGAGGGCGAGUUCCUCUACUCGCUCAAGCCAAAGAGGGACAACGUCUCACACCGUCUCAUGGUUGACGUGAAGCUGGGCUCUGACAACGUCAAAUAUGUCACGCUCCGCAGCCCCUUGAUCGUGGAGAAUGCUACUCAGAUCCCGGUCGAGUUGGGUGUAUUCGAUGCUCAGGAAGGCGACCUGCUCAAGAUCGAGAAAAUCGCACCUGGCGAGGCACGUCCAGCUCCAGUCGGCGCCGUGUACAUGAAGAGCUUGCUUGUCCGACCUGAUAGCGGCUUCGGAUAUGCCUGGUCCAGUGAGUCCUUGUGGUGGAGGGAUCUCUUGAAGAGGCCGACCCGAACCAUGGUCUGCAAGGGCGAACAUGGCGAGCCGUUCUACUUCCAGAUGAACGCGACAUUUGACCGCUCUAAUCCCACUACCAAGAACUACCCCAACAUGAAGCUCAAGCUUUCCGCCCCGGUGACGCUUGAGAACCUUCUGCCGUACGACUUCAAGUACCGAAUCUACGAUAAGAACACCAAGAAGGACUGGUCGAACUUCCUGCGAAAGGGAGGAGUCAGCCCGGUUCAUGUGACGGAGCUCUCACGCCUCCUGUUGCUCAGUGUAGAUAUGCAGGACACGGUGUUCAAGCCAAGCGAAUUCGCCAUCAUCAACUCCGGCAGCUCUGAGGAUUUCAAGAAAGAGCACACGCUCAAGUGUCAGGACGACCAGGGCCUCCAGCUCAACCUGAAGUUGCAUUAUCACCGCAUCCCAGACAGCGGCGGUGCGUUCAAGGUGACGGUCUACUGCCCAUAUGUCAUCCUGAACAAGACAGGCCUGGACAUCCAAAUUCGCCACAAGGGCUUCUUGCAACAAGCGAAAGCGGCGGCCGGCCAACCCGGACUACUCGUUGAUGUUACUGAAGGCGAGCGCAAGGUUUCCCCACUUAUGUUCUCGUAUGGUAGUGACGACCAUCGCAACCGAGCCAUGCUCAAGGUCGGCAACUCGGAAUGGAGCAAGCCUCAGAGUUUCGACGCCAUCGGAAGUGCCGCGGACGUCGUGCUGCCGUCCUCGAACCGCAGCUCCGAAAUCCAUGUCGGCAUCAUUGUGGAGUCAGGCGAGGGCAAAUACAAGAUGACCAAGGUUGUCACCCUGGCGCCGAGAUUUAUCGUCCAGAAUAAGAUCGGAGAAGAGAUCAACAUCAGGGAGCCAAGUUCAUCCGAUCUCAUGACCAUUAAGGCUGGUCAGCUGAGACCCCUACAUUUCCUCAAGAAGGGCUCCGUCAAGCAGUUAUGCCUCUGCCAUCCUGGCGUUGACAAUCAGUGGACGUCGCCCUUCAAUAUCUCGGACCUCGGCACCGCCCACAUCAAGAUCGCCAAAGCGGGUCAACGCCAACGACUGAUCCGCGUGGAGAUCCUGAUGGAGGACGCCACCAUCUUCCUCAAAAUGAGCUUGGAGACUAAGCAGUGGCCGUUUUCGAUGCGCAACGAGAGUGAUACCGAGUUCACGUUCUACCAAGCCAACCCCAACAUUGACGAAGAUGGAGUCGAGGACCGCUCGGGUUGGCGACCUAUCCGUUACCGACUACCACCUCGAAGCAUCAUGCCUUAUGCUUGGGACUUCCCAGCAGCGAAGCACCGGGAGGUCGUCAUCUCCGCCUUCAAUAAAGAGAGGCAUGUCAAACUGGCGGAGAUUGGUAAUCUCGUCCCAAUGAGGUUCAACACGAGCGCCGGCGGUCAGAAGAUUAUUGAUAUCAAUGUGGCUGCCGACGGACCGACCCAGACGCUGAUCCUGUCAAACUUCAAGCAAUCCAAGAGUCUCUACCGCCAGAAGUCUAUGUCCGGCUCCACUGGAAACCUUAGCACGGCGGGCUUCGAGGCCAAGGAUCAGGACACCGGCACCAAGUUCCGGGCCCAGCUCAAGCUCGCUGGCAUUGGCGUUUCGCUGAUCAACUCUCAGCUGAGGGAACUUGCUUACGUCACGUUCCGAGACCUAACGCUUCGGUACAGUGAAUCGCCGCUCUUGCAGACUGUCAGUCUAGCAAUCAAGUGGAUCCAGAUUGACAACCAACUUUACGGUGGUAUCUUCCCGAUGAUUCUGUACCCCAGUGUGGUGCCCAAGCGGGCACAGGAGACUGAUGCUCACCCGUCCCUGCAUGCCAUGGUGACCAGGGUCAAGGAUGACUCGUACGGAGUUCUGUACAUCAAGUACGCGACAAUACUUCUUCAGCAGAUGACUGUUGAUCUGGACGAGGACUUCAUAUUCGCCAUGCUGGACUUCUCCAAGGUGCCCGGUGCUACCUGGACCGAAGCCGAGGAGGGCGGCAAGCUCUGCGACGACAACCUUGACAUCCCAGAGCCUAGUCAACAGCAGACAGGCCAAGACAUCUACUUCGAGCUGCUCAACAUCCAGCCCAUGCAAAUCGACCUGUCCUUUGUGCGGACUGAGCGUAUCAACGCAGAAGACAAAACCUCGUCCCGCAACCCGCUCAUGUUCUUCUUCAACAUCAUGACGAUGGCAAUGGGCAAUGUCAACGAUGCUCCACUUCGUAUGAACGCGCUGAUGUUGGACAAUGUGCGCGUAUCCACUCCGAUCUUGAUUCAGAACAUAUCCAACCACUACGCUCAAGAAGCCAUCUACCAGGUACACAAAGUCCUCGGUUCAGCAGACUUCCUCGGCAACCCCGUCGGUCUGUUCAACAACAUCAGCUCCGGUAUUGCAGACGUCUUCUACGAGCCCUACCAAGGACUUAUCAUGUCCGAUAGGCCUGAAGACCUCGGCUUGGGCGUUGCCCGCGGUGCAGCCUCGUUCCUAAAGAAGUCCGUCUUCGGUGUGACAGAUUCGUUCUCCAAGUUCACCGGUGCUAUGAGCAAGGGCCUUGCCGCAGCCACACUGGACAAGCAGUUCCAGGACCGGCGGCGGAUCACGCGUUCGAGGAACAAGCCCAAGCACGCCCUGUACGGCUUCACGACUGGUGCUAACAGCUUCAUCACGUCGGUGGCAUCAGGCGUGGGCGGUGUCGUCCGCAAGCCCCUCGAGGGCGCCGAGUCAGAAGGCGCGGUCGGCUUCUUCAAGGGCGUGGGCAAGGGCGUGCUCGGCCUGGGGACGAAGCCGCUCAUCGGCGUGCUGGACGCGGCGUCCAACGCGGCCGAGGGCAUCCGCAACACGACGACGGUGUUUGACGGCUCGGAGCUGGACCGCGUGCGCCUGACGCGCUUCAUCCCGACGGACGGGAUCGUGCGGCCCUUCAACCAGCGCGAGGCGCUGGGCCAGUUCUGGCUGAAGCAGGUGGACAACGGCAAGUACUUUGACGAGAACUACAUCGCGCACCUGGAGCUCCCCCGCGAGGACAUGGUGGUCAUGAUCACGUACGCGCGGAUCCUGCUGAUCAGGAGCCGGCGGCUGGCGACGGAGUGGGACGUCCCGCUCAAGGACGUGCAGACCAUCGCCAAGGAGCGCACGGGGCUCAGCCUCACGCUCCGGGGGGGCACGAACGGGCCGUUCAUCCCGAUCGGGGAGGAGAGCGGGCGGACGUUUGUGUACCGCAUGGUCGGGGUGGCGGUGGAGGAGUUUAAUCGCCGUUUUAGGGGGAUGGAGUGAUUUGAUUUCCUCUUUUUUUGCCCUUGCUGCCGUGGGGGGGUUGCGUUGGUGGGCGGGUGUUGGUGAAUUGUAUGGACGAAAGGACAGAGCAGGGCGGACGAGAUGAGAAGAGCGGAACAGAACGAGGAUAAAGAUAAGAACGGUGGGGGGGAGAUAUACAUGAUGGACCGACCGGAGAGAUGAGAUGCGGUGGUGAUCAGAUCGCGGCGUACAUGAUGAAGGGGUGGGGUGGGGUGGAUACUCAUAGCAACGGUGCACAGGUGUUUGCGUCCCGUCCCCUCUUCUCUCCGGCCCUUGUUGUUGUGGGAUGGGAUCCUUGGAUCGUCGGGCUGGCUGGCUUGGCGGCAUUGUUAUCAGGUAGCUAUAACUAAACAACAGACGAUGCAUCUAGUAG